CCCGUAAAUAUUCUUGAAUAUUCAAUAAAUAUUCUCGACAGAAUGACAAUGUGUAAAGUUGAAUAUGUUCUGUAGUUCAAGAAUAUGUCUGAAUACGAUAUGGCUUACGAUUAUUACUGGAAUAUAAAAAAGUAACAACUUCCUUAUCUAAAUGGCAAGUAAUCCAUUUCAAAUUUUUAGAUAAUUUUACGUGUACAUUAAAUUAGACCACAAUUAUGUAAUUAUUGGAUUUCAGUGGACGUUGAAUAACUUAAAAAAAAAAAACUUUUAAUUACUUGGGAGAUAUGGUUAUACGUUAUACCGGGAGGAUAUGUCUGACAAUGUAUAUCCUUUCGAAUGUAAUAUUUCGCCUUUUCAGGAACCUCCGUGCAGAAUUUGCACUCACCUUACUUCGCCAGCUGCUUUCAAUCCACGCACUUUGGAAAGCCGUUAUAAAUCGCCUGUCACGAGACGAAGAGAGUACUACGAGCCAAGGAGAUGUAAUGCGAAAGUCGGUACGGAUUUGAAAUACGAAUUUAAUUCACGUUUUUACACUGGUGAUCGUGCCGUAAACAAAUUUCAAGAACUGAAGAGAAACGUUCAGGAUCACGACGACAGACCGAAGUAUCAUGACGCGACGAACAAGUCUCAACAUGAAAGUCCGCCGGAAUCGUCGCCGUUGGCCAAAAUUAAUGAUCUCAAGGAUGUUCAACAUGCGAUAAUAACCUGUUUGCGUGAAGUGGAAAGAAUAAAGAUAUUCUUAGAGGACGAAAAUUCUUGGUGGAAAAUUCUCAAGGGACGUUCGGUCGACUGUUGUCAACAAAAGAUGCCGCAUCUCCAUGGGGUUUUGGACGGAGCGUCAGUAACUUUAAUGCUGCUUGAAGAAGGUACCGAUGAGGCCCCACGUCGUUUUGUGACGUCAACGUCGAAAGACAAAAUUGUUGAUGACUCUAGAGUCGGAACUUCUUCGAAAGAGUUUACUAGUAAAUCGAAGGGGACCGAGCAGUACGUGAAUCGCCAACAAGAAUAUUCGGAUGAAUACGCGAACUCUUACACAAUUCCAUAUUACAGUCUCGAUAUGAAAUCAGCAUUAAUUGAAGUUACAAGCACCAGUAACCGCGAACCGACUCAGAGAUACGUUAAAAGAGCUGUCAGAAGUGAACAGAGUAUUGCUGCUUCCGAGUUUUGGAAGGAGGUACAAGAAGAUGAGAGCAAUGAAUAUCAAAGAGCGAAAACACCAGAGAGGUCACAUAAAUUUAAAGAAACACGUGAUAAUAUACACUAUGAAGAUAAAGAGAAGAUCGAUAGAUCGAACAUUGUGCCACCGAAAGAAAUACGAUACGGUCAAAAUACUCAAACGACGUUUGAAUCUUCAUCAAGGCCCGAAGAUGCAUUUAGCAACGAAAAUACCGGAAGCAAAAAGCACACAAGCGAUUUUGAAUCUAACGUGGACUUGAACACAGAGAUUCCGUACAGAAAUGUGUCGAAUCAUAAACCAAGGACAAAGACAAUCAUUGAAAGAAGCGUUCGUUGUAUUCAAAAUAAAUUUCCGUCAAAAAUUCCACGGCAUCAGAACAGAGAUUAAUGUUAAAUGUAUAUUUUCGAAGAAAUA